CCAUCUUGAAGGAGGUCAGUUUUUUUUUUUACCUCUUGCUUUCUUCCCCCUCUGCUUCUCUUUCUCUCUGUCUAUCUCUCUCCCUCUCCUUUUCCUCAUUUUCCUUUUAAGACCACUUUAGGAUGGAGCACCUAUGUAUUUAUUAAUAACCUUGUUAUUUACAAGUACGUAGCUUUCUGGUUAUUUUUGUAAGUUUGUUUUUCUGUAGCCGCCCCCUUUCCAAUGAGAAGACGUAGAAGAUGGAGCUUCACAUUCUAGAGCACAGCUUGAAAGUGGCGAGUAUAGAGAAGGAAGGUAUCCAAAUGUGCACUCACGGAUUAAUCAAACUCGCCUUCCUGGCCUCCAAAACCAGGUGCAAGUUCUUCAGCCUGACGGAGACGCCGGAGGACUACACCAUCAUCGUGGACGAGGAGGGCUUUAAAGAGCUGCCCGAGUCGGAGCACAUCAGCGUCGCUGAGGCCACGUGGCUGGCGCUCAACGUGGUGUCGGGAGGCGGAAACGCUUCCAACUCGCAGCCCAUUGGCGUCACCAAGAUCGCCAAAUCGGUCAUUGCGCCGUUGGCCGACCACAACAUCUCCGUUUUCAUGCUGUCCACCUAUCAGACUGACUUCAUCCUGGUCCGAGAACGAGACCUGCCCAUGGUCAUGCACACGCUGUCUUCGGAGUUCACGUUACUGCGGGUGGUCAACGGGGAGACGGUUGCCGCCCACCACCUGGGGGUCACCAACGGUUUUGUCAAACCCAAACUCGCGCCGCGCCCAAUCAUCCACCCGCUCUCCAGUCCCAGUAACAUGUUCUGCGUGACCAGUCUGGAUCCGGACACGCUUCCCUCUGUCGCCACCCUGCUCAUGGAUGUCAUGUUCUACUCUGGAGGGUCGAAAGAAUCGGGCGCCGGCGGCGAGGACGCCAGUCACAUUCGCUUCUUCUCCUUCUCCCUCAUCGAAGGCUACAUUUCGCUGGUCAUGGACGAACAGACGACGCAAAGGUUCCCAAACAACGUCCUCUUCACCAGCGCUUCCGGAGAGCUCUGGAAAAUGGUUCGAAUCGGGGGGCAACCUUUAGGAUUUGACGAAUGCGGCAUCGUGGCUCAGAUAUCGGAACCCCUGGCAACCGCCGACAUUCCCGCCUACUACAUUAGCACCUUCAAGUUUGACCACGCCCUGGUUCCUGAGGAAAACAUCCAGAGUGUGAUUGGAGCCCUGAGGAGCGAGAGUAACCUGGCGUAGCGAGGACGGGGGGGGGGGGAGGGUGAGCGUUUCCAAAAACUGCCGAGAGCUAAUUAGCGAACCGCCGUGGAUCAGCUUGGAGUGAGGCGCAAAGUGCAGAGGGGAUUUUGUCGCGCAGCCAUUUUUCCGUAGCUCCUCCCCUUUUUCCUUUCCGUGCCAGCUGCUCCCCCAACCCCUUUCCCUCUGGCCCCGCCCUCCCGCUGGCCCCGCCCCAAUAGUUAUUCCCACUUCACCAAUUGCACCUACUGUGUUCGUUACAAAAUCCCCCGACUGGAAGGAUGAUGAAUGUACUCGCGUAAGAAUUAUUUCGACAAGCUUUUUUCCAUACUUUUUUUUUUUCUAUUACUUGUUUUGUUUUUUCACAAUUUCAGAUUUUUCGAGGGAGUGUUAUUUUUGUCUUAAAUUCAUUUUUUUUUUUCACCACAAACAUUUCUAGCUGUUUUAUUUCCUCACUUUGUUUUGUUUUGUUAUUCUUUUUGUUAUUCUUUUUUUUAUUUAUUUUGGGUUAUUUCUUUUAUUACUUUUGGGGGGGAGUUUGUUUGUUUGUUUGUUUGUUUGUUUGUUUUUUUCUCCCUUCUUUUUCAGUAGUUUUCGUCGGUGCCAAGACACGAUUUUUCUUUUCAUUUGAAUGCCUAAAGUGAUGAUGCCUUUUGUUGUGCAAUCUGAGGCCGCGCUGCGUUCGCCGCCGUUAACGUGAAGUUGUCGAUCCAUCUGGAAAAGGAGUUUUUUUUUUCCUUUCUUUUUUUUUUUUUUUUUUGUCAUAGCGCUCACACUCGCUUCUCUCCCACCGUUCGAAGGAUUUUGAUUUCAAGUCCAUAUGCUAUCGACGGUGGAUAUGUAGCAUGGAUAGUUUGUUGACUACUUGAUAGCGAAGCGGAAAAGAAUCUUUUUUUUUCCCCCGCUUAUAACGUUACAAUACCCAAUAUUAGCAGCAUAUUUCUUCAAAUAUGUUGGCCUCGCCCCCAAUCGGACAUUGCUAACUUUACGUUGAAAUCUUUUGUACCGACUGAAUGUUUGGGACUCUUGCCUUUUCACUUCAUAUACCUGUCGUCGUAAUCACUGGUUAGCUCUCAAAUAUCGUUCAAGAAUUCGUAAAAGGGGAGGGGGGAAAAAAAAGCAUCAAAUUUUAUUUGGGUUUUCUUUCGCGAUCCUGCGAUCUGUCAUUUGGGCAGAGACUUUUAUUCACUGAAUGCUUAACGUUGUUCUUUUGUGAGCCCUCUUGAUUUGUGAGCAGGGCAGGAGAGAUGCGUUCCAGUAAAAUUUGAAAAUUGAAUCACUAGCGUGCGAUUUAUCUCAAGGCCAAAUUCUCUCUAACAAUCAGUUUCAGAUGUCAAACUAAAAUGUCAUAACUAAGUUCAACUUAGUCUCUUUUCUCGCCAGUAACCCAAAGAGCUUGAUUUGGCUACUAACGUGAUUCUAUUUUAUGUUGUGUGCGCCGUCGCUGGUUUUGACCUUUGACGAGGGCGCUCAACUUCGAUACAGUGUGGAAGAAUUUGACAACUCAAUUGUUUUUGGGUGUUUUUGUUCUUAAGUCCCAAAAAAUCAGCUUUGACAAUUUUUUUAACGGUAGUAAGCCUCACAGUGCAGAGGUCGCGGGUUCGAAUCCGACCCCGGCCUUCCUGGGCGGAUUUUGUAUUGUUUUGCCCGUGCCUGCGUGGGUUCCCUCCCGCAUUCCAAAAACACGCUUGGUAGGUUGAUUGACCGCUCCAAGGUGUGAUUGUAAACGCGAAUGAAUGGUUGUUUGUCUCUGGCAAACCGGUUCAGGGUGUCCCCCGCCUACCGCCCGAAUACUGCUGGGAUAAGCUCCGGCACACCCGCGGCCCUCGUAAGGAGCAGCGGAUUCACAUAAUGCAUGGAUGACAAUGCCGUAGAUUUUAGAUCUUACAAUUUUGCAAUUUGAAAAUAUUGUAGAUCUUUUGUUUUUUGUUACGUUUUGUUUUGUUUUUUGUUUUUUUUUCUCUCGCAGGUUACACAAAAAAAUGGACCAGGAAGCAAUUUACUCAUCCUAAAUCGUGAAACUGGCAUAAGCUGCUAUAAAUUUCGUGAGUAAAUUUUCAAAUGUUCUCCUUGUUGAUGCAAAACGGCGGAAUUCACUUUUAAAAUUCGACGGGCUUUGUAUGGGGCACACUAAAUUUGCGACGAAAAUAUAAUCAGUAGUUUGCCAUUAUUUAGAUUUUUUUUAAAUUAUAUAAUCUUACCCCCAAAUGUAACAGAAAAUGAUUUAGCGAGUCUAUUGUGUCAUCCAUAAAUUGUAUUUAUGAUUCCCCCCUCCCCCCGCAAAAACAAAAAAAAAUCAUCUUGGACCAAUAAACAAAUUAGCAAGUCACAAAACUAGCGAGACUUGCUAAAAAUGGUUUUAUAUGUCUUUGCGGAAGUUGUGGAAAAAAAUUACAAUUCUCUGUUAAUAUGAGGCUACGACCAAGAAACAAAUUAGCUUAGCUUAACUUGUCCUUAUUUUCUCGCUGACUACUACGCAAAAAAAUGAUUAUCAUUGCCUAAUGCAACAAAUUAGCCUCGCUUUAGCUACUCACACCUCCACAGUUAACCAUUUUCAUCAAAUUAUAUUCAGUUGUUUACUUUUGAAAUUGUUUUUUUUUUAACAUUUUUGUUUUUUAUAAUCGAGCCCAAAAUUCUGCCUAUCAGGAUUUAGCAAGUUGCAAAUGUCAUAAGUCAUUUGCGCAUAGUUAUUUUCUUGCAAAAAUUGAAUUCACUCUUAAAAAGUGACGUGCGUACAAGGAAACGAUUAGCUUGGCUUAAUGCACAAAGCUUAGCCUCCUAAAAUUGUUACGUAAAUUACACUUGUUGAGUCUCUGUUGUAAGAAUGAGGGGUGCUUAAAGGAAAGCCGAGAUUUACUUACUAGCAUCUCAAAACUUUCCACGAUUUAAUCAAAAAUAAUAAGUUAGCUUUUUUUUUUUUCUCGUAAGGAUAAGCGGCUCUGAUGAUGGCUGGAUGGAUGAAUUCAAAACAAAGAAACAAUUAGCGUAGCCAAUGAAACUAGCUGAAGCUGCUGAAUAAUUAAAUUUAAAGCAAACAAAUUCAUAAGUAACUCAUUAACCACAAACCUAGUACCCAAAAAAUAAGUUUACCUAGUAUUGGCUACGAGCACUUCCAAACUUGAAAUGAUUCUACCACAUUUUAUAUUUUGUCUUUGCCAAAUUAUUACAAAUAAUUGCUUUACUUCAACACUUUUUUUUUCCCCACCAUUUUGUUUUCCGCCAAGAACGCAGAGAAAGUGUUAGCAUUAGCGGUGACACUUGUCAUUGCUCCCAGUGUUGACAUGUUUGGGGUUUUUUUUUUUCCAUAAUGUAUUACUGAGCCACUUUUGUGACGAGAAUAUAUAAUGACGACAUAACGAUAAGCUAACACGCGAAGGAAAGUCACCCUCCGUGUCUAUUUUCCGAUCUAUGAAACUCCGCCUCCCUGAGAAUCCCUCAACCAGUCGUCUGCACUUUAAUGCAGGUUAGCCUCACCACCCACCCAGAGAAAAAAAAAAAACGGCCUGCUGUACUGGUGAGCAAGAACGGGAGUUGUCUCUUGGUUUUAAGCAUUUGCUGAUAACAGAAAUGUAUUUCUUGCUUGUUGUUGUUGUUAGUUUCUUCACCUUUCAGAUUCGACUAGUCAAUUAAAAAAAUAAAAA